AUGCUCGCCAUCAUACCCAUACUUUCAUGCCUGCUGGCCGGCGCACGGGCACUGGCUCAAGACGCAUCCCCGUCUCCCACGCGCACCUCAGACACCGCGACCAGAGCGGUGGGUACGGCGGCGACGACUAGUCAGCCUGUCGUUUCGCUGUUCUUGCCCAUGGGCGCGCCCGAUCAGAUCCAGGCGUCCAUCAUUACUGCUAACGCAAAUCAGACUACAUUCCUGCUUGGCUGCUCGAACAAUGCGACGACUUCUGGCUGUGGCUACAAUCCGCCCAUCACCGUGACUGAGGGCGAGAGUACCAUCAUCUUCACCAAUACUUAUGGCGGUGCCGAGACGACUUUGACCGCUGGUCCCAUGACAUACCAAUGCGAAUUGGUGGGAGCGCAUCUUGAUGUCACGCCUAUUGAAGGUGCCAUAUCUGCCGUCUGCACUGCGUCUUCGGCCAUCGAUGGUCUUGGCGUGAUGGCUACCACCUCGACUCUGGCCAGCACCGAGAUUGUCUACAUGGCUGUCACUGUGACAGCUGGAGCUUCGAAGCUAGCAGCUGCGAGUACCGUCAUGCCGGAACCGACCACAAAUCUUACGAGUACUGCUGGAGCGCCUGCCAUGACUGCUGCCGCAAGGUUGGGAUUGAGCGGUGCUGUUGGUCUGGCUGUGCUGGGUCUCGUUUGA